AUGUCUUCCUCUGAUAAAAUUACUUUUUACAAUGCUGUUAUCUGCCCUUACGCUCAACGUGCUGCUAUUGCACUCAAGGAAGUAGGCGUUGAAUACGAGACUGUAAACAUCGAUUUGCAAAACAAGCCUGAUUGGUACAAGGAUGUCAACCCUGAGCUCAAGGUCCCCGCAUUGAAUGUCGAAGGUCAAAACCUUGCUGAAUCUUUGGUUAUUAUCGAAUAUCUCGCUGAUCGUUUUCCUAAAGCCAACUUGUUGCCCAAGGAGCCCUUGAAGCGCGCCAAUGUUCGUUUCGCUAUUGAAUAUUUUUCAUCCAAGAUCAGUUCUGAAUUCUACAAGUACCUCUUUAACCAAAGCGCCGAGAACGCUCGUGAAAACUUUGAGACCAAUGUCAAUGCUGCUUUGAUUCGCUUCAAUGAGCUCUUGCUCCAACAAUCCAAGACUGGACCUUACUUCCUUGGUGAAGAAUACUCUUUAGCCGAUAUUGCUAUUACUCCAUUUGUCUUGCGUAUCUUUGCUCUUCUCGAACACAUUUUGGGCGGCUACAAGUUUGAAGCUAUCAAGUCUAACCCCAGACUUGACGAAUUCAUUACUGGCGUCAUUCAAAGACAAUCUGCCCAAGAGACUUGGGUUGGUGGCGAAAAGUUCAUCGAGGCCAUGAGCACCCGUUUCAACCUCAAGAAAUAA